CCCCCCCCCCUUCCCUCUCCCCCUUCUUCAAUCUCAUCUCCUUUUCAUCCUGUCAUCUUUCUUCGUGUGUUAUUAGACUCUAUCUCCUUACUCCUAGUUCUACUUGCUUGUAUUGUCUUGGUUCGUGUUUUGUGUGGUUUAUCAGUACUAUACUACUACUACUUCCAUUAUCGCCUAUCGUUCUCCUAUUCAUCUGUACCCUUACCCUCCUUACCCUACCUACACCUACACCUACAUAUCUUCUACCACCUGCCUUUCCUUCUGCCCGACUAUCACCCCCGCCCCAAAAAAACAUGCCUUAUAAUACCCGUCGCAAGUCACUCUCGCUUCCUUCUCUCGGAAUUCACGUCCCCAACACAUCCCGCCGGUCUCCGUCUACGUCUACGUCGAAACCGUCUCACGCGACAGACGACCAGCUCCCUCCCUCAAAGAAGGUCAAGAGGUCGCACGACUCCGGAUCGCUAUCGCCAGAGCCGUCGUCCGCCACCGCGCGCUCCUCCGCUGGCAAGGAAUCCUCCGCGUCUUUACGUCAGAGUGGGCGCCGCGCCGCUUUGGAGAAUACGCCACCGCCAUCCCCCACUGACGGUACCAUCGCGCCCAAGAUCGACACCGAGGGGAUCAGCGAUGAUAUCGUGGUUGGUGUGAUCGAGCAGUUGGAGAGCACGGGGAAUCGCCCUCACCUGGUUAAGGAACUGGCUGCCGUUCUCAUCGCCUUGAACGAGAAUGUCGCAAAUUCCGCGAACCCUGCAGCUCUUCUGUCUUCCCGGUUAAGUGCCUACAUGAAGCGCCCCUGGACUGCUCUGGCGCCGUGUCCCCUGGCAAAGGAACUUGUCCCAAUCCACCCACGCAAGGUCUACUACUACCUGACCACGCUACCUCGCCAGCCCCUCCCAGAGAACUCCGACGAUGUUAUCAUCCCAGGUGUGGAAGGAAAGGACAUCACUCCCAGUGUCUCCAGCGCCGAUCUCGACGAGGAGGACGCGUUGGCGCGGGAGCGGUCGCGCCUCAGUCCCAGUCCAGAAGUCGACUUGUCCUCCCCGGAUUUCGACGAAGAGAACAUCGACUUGGACGGUCGCACUGGCCCCGGCGCAUCAAGAGCUAGUACCGACUUUUCCGACCAUCACCAUGGACGCUUGAUGCACUCCAAUCGCGCCGCCUCCCCACCCCUGGAAGGCGACGAGAAAGAAUUCACACAAACUGCCAGUGCUGUUCGCGAGCGGGCCUCGGAGCAAAAAGUGGGCCAGAUGCAGAGCUUCGGCGCUGGCUUCUCUGCUCUCUCCGAGGGUCUCAGCGGGCUGCACGAUGGGACCAUGAGCAUUUCCGACCCCGUCGUGGACGACAGCCCCCUCUCCUCCAUCAGCGGGGAUCGGAUGUCCGACGAUCAGGAUGGCGACUACUUCUCCCAUAGCGGUUACCAAGAACAGUCUCCUCUGCAGGACCACUUCCAACAGCAGGUUCUUGACGAUGCUGCCGCCGUCACUCUCUUCGGCACUUCUCCCUCCCCCUCUCUUACCUCUGUGGCCUCAUCGAUCUCGUCUGGCACGAGCGUGGCUUCAGACGACGACUUGGAUGAGACAGAGUCGGAGACUCCACAGAUUAGCCUCCCGGAGGACCCGACGGUACCCCCUGUCUCCGCUCUCAAGCGUUCUCUCGACAUGCUGAACAGCGGCCUUCCUGAUCUGGACAUGAAAAUGUCCGACUUCACCGAGCAGGACGACAAGCUGUCCCUCGGAGCCAGCGCCUUCUCCAACCAGGAUGUUGAAAUGGCUUUCGACUCCUGGAGAGAGCUGCAGAGCCCCGAGACGGUGGACGUCCACGAGCUUGACGAGAUGUUCGGAGAAAUCUGAGCCUUGCCGUCACGGCGGUAUUGUUCCUUGAAGCGAUAGACUACAGGCGUUGGGGUCUUGUGUCUUUCUUUUGCCCUCUGAAGAGACCUCGACGUUUCUCCAGAAUCUCCCACCGAAGGAUCGACCUCCUUCCAUCUCCACUCCCGCUCUUGCCGGUUCGACAUGACCGGCCGCUCACCACC